AUGGGCUCUGCUCUUAUUCUCUACGCGACUGAAACUGGAACCGCGCAAGAUGCAGCGGAGCGAAUAUCUCGAAGACUGCGUUGCAUUCACUUGAAAUGCCGUGUUGUGAACGUGGCCGACUAUGAACCCACCGACCUCAUCGCCGAGAACCUUGUUAUAUUCGUGGCAUCGACCACGGGGAGCGGUGUCGAACCGCGUGCAAUGACACCAAUGUGGUCGAUGCUGCUGCGUUCGGGACUUCCAGACGACUUGUUUGAGGAUAUGCUCUUCGCGGUGUUUGGUUUGGGUGACACUGCGUACGACAAGUUCUGCUGGCCGGCGAAGAAACUGGACCGGAGGCUGGAAAGCUUGGGAGCAGCCCGCAUAUGUGAACGUGGCGAAGGCGAUGAACAGCAUCCAAUGGGCAUAGACGGGGCGCUGGAUCCGUGGUGCGAGAAAUUGACCCAGAGUUUGCUGGAGAUAUAUCCUCUACAACCAGGCGUGGAACCACUCUCGCCUAAUGCAAAGCCAAAUCCUCGAGCUUCUUUUGUCGCGUCCUCUUCUCAAUCACUGGGCAAGUCUAGCGAUGUCUACUGGAUCAGCGACCGGCAAACUACGUAUCAUCAAGCUACUGUGACAAAAAAUCAGCGGAUCACGUCUCAGGAUUGGUAUCAAGAUGUUCGCCAUUUUGAAUUAGACUUUGAGGGCGACCUUAACUAUUUCCCUGGUGAUGUAGCCGUUAUUCAUCCAGAGAUUCCAGAGGAGCGUGUUGAGGAGAUCCUAGAUAUACUUGGAUGGACGGACGAUGCCGACAUUGCAUAUACAGUACGGCCAACAGCUGAAGAUCAGUCUCUCCCAACAGAUAUCCCUUCGGCAGUGUCUAUCCGUGCUCUCUUCAGACGUCAUGUCGACUUUCUGGCCGUACCUCGCCGCUCUUUCUUCCAAAUGCUCCGGUAUUUUACUACUAGUGAUGUGGAGGCAGAGCGGUUAGAUGAAUUUCUCUCUCCUGAAAGUGCAGACGAGCUCUACGACUACUGCUUCAAAGUCCGUCGGACGAUACUGGAGGUUUUAAGCGAGUUUCGCAAUGUUCGUAUCCCUAAAGAGUACAUCUUCGACGUUUUCCCUCCGCUGCGGCCCCGCCAGUUUUCCAUCUCCAGUUCAAUUCAUAGGCACCCGCGCCAAAUACAUCUUUGCGUCGCCAUAGUCGACUACCGUACGAAACUGAAAGUUCCACGACGGGGCGUUUGCACAUCGUACCUUUCAGGCUUAGUCGUCGGCGAUAGGCUUUCGAUAGGCCUACAGAAAGGUCUCCUCCAGCUCCCCAAAGACCCGUCGACUCCUAUCAUUUGUGUGGGACCAGGAACAGGGAUUGCCCCUAUGAGGGCCGUCAUCGAAGACCGAAUUCAUAGUGGAAUGGUCUCUCCUUCUACCCUCUCUCUGUAUUUUGGGUGCCGCUCUGCCUCUAAAGACCAGCACUAUCAUUCCGAGUGGGAGGACUACGCUUCUAAGCAGCUACUCAACUAUCGAGUGGCAUGCUCGCGUGACGGGCCCGAGGGUGUGAAACGCACAUACGUACAGGACGUCAUGCGUGAAGAUGCCCAGCGUAUAUGGGAACUAGUGGGGGAACGUGGCGCUUGGGUGCUCAUUUCCGGGUCUUCGAAUAAGAUGCCUGCUGCAGUCAAAGAAGCGGUGGCUUUCGCUGCAGAAAAAUGCGGUGGUAUGACUUCGGAGGAUGCCCAAGAAUACGUCGAAGAAAUGGAGAAGGCUGGCCGCCUCAUAGAAGAGUGCUGGAGCUAG